AUGCACUCAACCCUCAACCGCGCCCAAGGCGUCUUCGGCUUCUUCACGACCGUCGCUCUCUUCGUCGCCGGACUCGCUGCUCUCAGCGUAUUUCUCUAUCCUACUGACGAUGUAACGUCUAGUGUGAAGUUGCGCGAUGUGAAAGUAACAAAAGGCCGUCCCCACUACUACAGCACACGAAAGGAAGAAUACGCCGCCAUGAAAUUCGAUCUGGACGCUGACCUAACCCCCCUCUUCAACUGGAACACCAAACAACUCUUCGUCUACGUCUACGCGACCUACCCCUCCGACCCCUCCAACCCAACCACCUCCGCGCCCUCCCACUCCGUCAUCUGGGACACCAUCAUCCCGGCCCCGGAGUCGCCGUACUCGUUUAAUGCCCUGCGCGAGAGAUUCUUCCCCUCUGCAUCAUCGUCUGCGAGUAAGAAGCGCAGUACGAAGAAGACUUCAUCUUCCAGUAAAACUGCCAGUAAGAAGGCGUCUGAGCCUGGGAAACUGAGACUCCGCGAUCAACGGGCGAAGUACUCCAUCGGGGAUGUUUCGGGGAAGAUGGCCGAACGGGAGAAUGUUACCCUCUCGGUCGGGUGGAAUGUGCAGCCGUGGGUUGGGGCGCUGUGGUGGGCUCCACAGACCGGGGGUGCGAUGAGGACCGGGGGGGAUGUGGGCACGAGUAGGGCUUUUGGGUUGCCGGCGUUGAAGGGGAGGAAUGUUGGGACUGCUUCUGCUUCUGCUGGGGCGGUGUAG